CCUGUCUCCUCUCCUCUCCCCUCACACCUUCCUUCCCCAACUCCAAGAUUCCAGUUUUAAGCCAAGCACAACCUCAUCCCCAAUGGAGCUCCACUUCCAGGUGCAUCCCCAAGUGCUCCAGGUGCAGGACUACUGCUACUACUACCAGCACCACCAGGAGCAGGCGGCGGCGGCGCAGGCAGCCCAGCCCACCAAGCCGCGGGGCAGGAAGAAGGGCGGCAGCAGCCACACCAAGUUCGUCGGCGUCCGCCAGCGCCCGUCGGGCCGGUGGGUCGCCGAGAUCAAGGACACCACCCAGAAGAUCCGCAUGUGGCUCGGCACCUUCGAGACCGCCGACGCCGCCGCGCGCGCCUACGACGAGGCCGCCCGCCUCCUCCGCGGCGCCGAGGCGCGCACCAACUUCGCGCCCCGCAUCUCGCCCGACUGCCCGCUCGCCGUCCGCAUCCGCGGCCUCCUCCACCACAAGAAGCUCAAGAAGGCCAGGCUCCCCGCCGCGUCCACCAAGGUGUCCCCCGCCUCCUCCUCCACGCCCGCCGCUCCCGCCGCCACCACCGCCACCACCACCACAAGCAAUAGCAAUAGCAAUAGCAUGGAUGGUGCUUGCGGUGGUGGCUCAAGCAGCAGCAGUAGCAGCAGCGCCAUCAGCUUUGACGCGCCCAUGAAGCAAGGGGCCGGGGAGGUGUACAGGCCGGACUUCGCUCCCCUCGCCAGCGCCGAGGACCAGUUCGAGUCUUGGGUGUUCGACUCGGCGCCCUUCGGCCAGUUCCCGGCGCUGGACAGCUUCGCCGCCGUCGACGCCUGCACGCCACCGGCGGCGUCUCCCGAGGAGACCAGCGCCGCCCCUGCUUCGGGGAUGGCGGAGUUCGAGCGGAUGAAGGUGGAGCGGCGGAUCUCGGCGUCCCUGUACGCCAUGAACGGCCUCCAGGAGUACUUCGACAGGGUGUUCGACGCGUCCGCCUGCGACCCGCUCUGGGAUCUCUCGCCGCUCUGCCACUAGCUUGGCUUCGCGCGCUCCGGCCGGCGUGUGUGCUCGUCGUUCUUUCUCUUUUGCCUCCUGGGCGCCGGACUGCUAGCCUCUGCCGGGGAAGAAGCAUCAGUGAUUCAGUGUGUGUGUGUGUUGCGUGUGCGUGUCAACUUGGUUUUUGCUGCGGCCAGGCAGUGCAGUGUAAAGAGGAAUUACUUGUUCUUAGAUUUCCAGUCAAUGCAAGCGAUGCACUUCUAUGCAAAACAAA